AUACGAUGGUAGAGUACCUCUUUUUCUUUCCCUAACCUUUUUUUUUUCUCUUGGGUCGCCAUCCCCCCCCCUUAUUUUGCUUUGUUUAUGGCACGACUAUAUUCUAUAUUAACUUUUUCAACAUAUACACUGUUCAAUAGAAAUGGUUUCCUAUAUGAAGGAAGUGGCCAAGAUGGGCGUCGAUUUGUCUGUCGAAGAGCGUAACCUCUUGUCUGUCGCGUACAAGAACGUGAUUGGUGCACGCCGUGCGUCGUGGCGAAUCGUGUCUUCUAUUGAGCAAAAGGAAGAAAGCAAGGGCCACGAGGCUCAGGUAACCAAGAUCAAGGAAUACCGCAAGAAGGUCGAAAACGAGUUGUACGAUGUUUGUAACGACAUCUUGGACCUUCUCACCGACUCCUUGAUCCCCUCGGCCUCUGAGGGUGAGGCCAAGGUCUUUUACUACAAGAUGAAGGGCGAUUACCACCGUUACGUCGCGGAAUAUGCCACGGGCGAUGAACGCAAAGAUGCUGCAACCGCUGCUCACGAAGCCUACAAGACUGCCACUGACGUUGCCCAGGUCGAUCUUGCCACCACCCACCCCAUCCGCUUGGGCUUGGCUCUCAACUUCUCGGUCUUCUACUACGAGAUCUUGAACUCGCCCGACCGUGCCUGCCAUUUGGCCAAGCAAGCCUUCGACGAUGCCAUUGCAGAGCUCGAUACACUCAGUGAAGAGUCUUACAAGGAUUCCACUUUGAUCAUGCAGUUGCUGAGAGACAACUUGACGCUCUGGACUUCAGAUCUGCAAGAAGGUUAGGAAUGCGACGACACAUGGGCAUCGAUAAAGAGCGUUGGAAUGGGAAUGGAGAAAAAGAGGCUUUGGACGGGUUGUACAUGCAUACUUUUACUGACUUUUUUUUUUUCCAACUCGUAUGAUUAGACACUGACAAGGCUGACAAGGCUCCCAAGAACGAAGAGGAAACGCAAGAGUAGAUUACCCGGUCCAUUUCUUCCCUCUCUCUCUUUCUCUAUCCCUUUCUUUAUCUUCCUCUCACACUUUUUCUCAUGUUUCCCAUUU